UAGGCUUGCUCUGCCGUAAAGUAAAAGGGAUACACAGAAGGUUAAAAGUGACUCCUACAAAACACGCGUUACAAUGUAGGAAUUGGGUCUGGAGUGCAGAAUACACACGGGAAAGUUGGGAAAUGAUUGAAUCAUGCCAUUCUUUGACCUCCCGGGGAAGGUGGGCAUCAACCUUGAUCGAUGGAUGUUGAUCCAGAGUGGAGAUCAGCCAUACAAACGUGCGCCGCGUUGCCAUGCCUUCGAGAAGGAAUGGAUCGAGUGCUCAGAUGGUAUUGGUCAAACCCGUGCCAAGAAGGAGUGCCAGAUCGAGUUUGAGGACUUCUAUGAGUGCAUGCAUAGAGAGAAAUCUCACAAGAGGCUGCAUGAGAUCCGUAAGCAGAGGGACAAGCUAGUGAAAGAGGGGAAAUACCAGACCCCAGCUCACCACAGCGGUGCUCCGGUGGACGACCGACCAUGAGCUCAUCUGACCUUGUCCAUCACAAGUUGUGUCACCAACUUCUGUAUAAUAAUUCAGACUUCCCUCUAUUGUUUUGUGUCCAACCCUGUACAAGUUUCCAAAUAAAUAUUAUUGACCACGA